AUGGCGCGCGUCCUUGGAGGGAGCGAGACGCGUAACCCGAGCCGCGCGACGUUGCCGCCCCGCGCGGACAGAUGUCCGGCGCGGGCGCAAACCCCUACCAAUGGCUAUCCCUUAAUUAGUCAACAAACGAAGCGACAGUACAAUAGUCCAACUUAUAUUGCUCUCACGCCGGUCUUCCGUAAGAUCAAUAUUCUCAUUGAAAAGAGGCACGCUAUCGAAGCC